AGUAACGCGGUGUACAUCCUAUUCAGCCACCAACCAUGGCGGACGCAUAUUCGUAUGCUCUGCUCGUCGAGCUCGAAGAAAACAACAUACCGAGACUUAAAAUAAAGUUAGUUAAAUACUUUCAAAGUAAGAAAUCUAACGGCGGCGACUGUGAAGUCCAGUAUGAAAAUGGCAGCAGGACAGCGGUGCUACGCUUCCACCGAGAGGAGGACCGACAAAAUGUUUUGAAGAAAGAGAGACACCAGAUACAUUUGGAGAAAGGUGUGGUGAAUAUGACCGUUCGGUUGCCAGAAGACGAAACAACGAAGGGUGCUCCAUCUGAUGAAUGUGUCCAGAACGAUGAUGAUGCUGGGAUCAAUAUACCAUCAGGUCCCGAUGAACACACACCUGCAGUCGAAUUUCAAACAGAGGCAAACACCGGAGCAGAUGAGACGGCUGAUGAAGAGAAGUGCUCCACUGCAUGUGUUUUAGAACAUUUUCCAGAGAAGUUGGAAAAAGAGUACCUGGAGAUGCUGGUGGAGAAUGUAUUGAAGGAUCUUCCUGACUACACAUCUGCCAUUCCAAGAUUCACUUUGGAAGUCUUUCCUCAGUCUGCUGUGGUGACUUUCCAGAGUGGAAAAGAAAACACUGAAUUUGUGAGAAGAUGCCCUCAAAACAAGAGGUUUGCAAUGAAAGGACUUUCAGUUCGGCCUCUUGAAGUCACAAAGCAAGUUUUAGUUGAUGACACACAAAGUUUUGGAGAAGACUUCCUGCGCAUUUAUUUCGAGAAUGCAGGUGGAGAUGUGGAAAAUCUUGUGCUUAAUGAAGCAGAACAGUCUGCCACCAUCACCUUUGAAGACCAUAAAGCUGUUCAGAAAAUCAUGAAGAAGAAACAUCGCAUCCAGGACAAAGAGAUCAGAGUUUUUCCUUUCUAUAACUCUUUGGGAAAAGCCCUCUAUGGUAAAGAUAAGCCUUCACUUAAACUCCCUGCAGCUGUCUCUGAACCCAUUGACGACGCUGUCUGGAAAUACCUUAAUCAUGAUCAGUCUGCAGCAGAGACAAUUCGUAUUCAUUUAGCAAAAAUCUUUUGCAACGUAAACCUUGACCACUCUACUGUGUGUUUGAGCCCUCAACCUUCACUACUACAAGAAAAAAAUGCCAAAGCCAUCGUCAAAGAGUGGAGAGAUACUGUCAAGUCAUCCUUCGCACAAGCUCUGUCGAAAAUCAAAGCCCUAAAGCUUCUGACAGAUUUGGAGGUAUGGGACGAGUCUGAGAAGAAGAUCAGACAAUUGCUACUUCACGAAGAUCUGGUUGUCGUGCCUGAUAAAGCCACUGGUAUCUUGUCAGUGGUUGGUCUUGUAGGUGCUGUCAACAGACUAGAGCCAACACUUAGUGAUGUGGUAAACAAGAUGGCCAAUAGAGCGAAGAGGGGGAAAUUUAGCAUAACUGAAGAGAUGAAUGUGACACAGUCCAUUUAUCACAUCCUGUGUCAAAAUGGAAUUGUGGACCAGGUGCUACAAGUCUACCCAGACCUCCAAAUGUCGUUUAAGAAAGGGAGUCCAAAUUUGAUGGCAACUGGCUUAAGUGAUGAGAUUUUUGCUGCAAGCAAAGUCAUAUAUGCUGCAAUGUGUGCCUUGAUACGACAAAAUUUAAAAAUAGAUACGUUUGUGCUUGACUUGUUAAAAGACGGCCAACAAGAGGAGCUAACGAAUGAGUUCCUCACAUCCAAUGGAAUCAAUGCAGCAUUUCAGAUAAACGCAAACAGGGUGCAGCUCAUUGCUGGAUCUGAAAAAGAUCUGAAUGAUGCUGAAGAGCAUUUGGGUAAGCUGCUUAUUUCUCAAUACAUUGAUGUUGAAGACAGUAAUGUCCUUAAAAAGCCAGAGUGGCAGAACCUGGUCAGUCAAUUAGAGAAUGCAGACAAUAAGUCAUGCAUGAGAAUUGGAAUCAACAGCACCCCUCAACAAGUGGUUGUGUCUGGCCACAAGGAUACUGUAGAGAGAGUUAGCAGUGAAGUUGAACAGUUCCUGAUGCAGAAUGCUCAAGUUGAAGAAACAGUUGUGGUCAAGGCGAAUGUCAUAGUUGAGUUCAUGAAAAAACAUGACACUUGUUUGGAGCAAUUAAAAGACAAGGUGGUGGUGAAUUUCAGAGAAAAGGCCGUCUGUCUAAUUGGUUCUAGAGCAAUUGUUGCAGAGUGCAUGACAGUGGUUCAAGACCUGGUCUCUUCUUUGUGCUUUGAAAAUGUUCAAGUCACCAUGCCUGGAGUGAAAAAGUUCUACAAGGACAACAAAGAACUGUUUGUUCCCACAAUUUUAAGGGAAACUGGCUGCCUGGUCCAGCUUGUUGAUGAUACUAGUGGUGCCCAAAGACAAGUACCAAAGCCUGUCUAUCAAAUUCAGACCCCUGAUGGAGUGGAAAUAGCUGUUUGCAAGGCAGACCUGUGCAGCUACCCUGUGCAUGCCGUUGUAAAUGCUUCUAAUUCCAACUUGAAACACGAAGGAGGUCUUGCAAAAGCACUUCUUAUAGCUGCUGGCCCUCAGUUUCAGGAUGAAUGUGACAAAAUAAUAUCCUUGAAAACACAACUCAUGGCUGGAGACUGUGUGAUAACCGGUGCAGGGGGGCAGCUUUGCUGCAAAAAAGUUAUCCAUGCAGUCAGCCCCAUUUAUGAUAAAGCUUAUCCCCAGAAGCCUUCGGCGCAGUUGAAAAGAGCUGUCAAAGGAAGUUUGGAACUGGCUGAAAAGCACAACCUCGUCUCUGUGGCUCUGCCUGCCAUCAGCAGAAACCAAGGCUUUCCUCUCGAUGUGUGUGCAAACACCAUCGUCAGAGCUGUGAAGGACUACUGUAGUGACAAGUAUGGUGACAACACCUUGAAGACGAUCCAUCUGGUGAACAAUGACGACAGUGCUGUUCAGGCUAUGGUAGCAGCGGCCCGACAAGAGUUUGGAAAUCUUCUUGUCAGUUCUUCUCAACAACCUCUCCCUUUCAAAACCACUUCUUCCCCUGUGAAACAAGCUGGAUCUGUUGCAUUGGCCCCAAACUGCUUGGGACAAGUGCAGACCAAAGAGGGCUUGGACAUCACUCUUAUGAAGGGAAACAUCGAGAAUGCCACGACGGAGGUGACUGUGAACACUGUGUUUGAAAAUCUUGCACUAAACCGAGGAGCAGUUUCAAAUGCCAUCUUUGGUGCUGCUGGACCACAACUUCAAGUAUUGGUAAAUGCCAAAAACAACAAUGGAACAUUCGGAGAAGUCAUUGUAACUGAUGGCUGCCAGCUGAAGAGCAAAAGUGUCUUUCAUGCUGUUACUCCUCCUUGGGGCAAUGGAGCUGAUAAGAUAUUGAGCGUCAUUUUCAAGGAGUGCUUGGCCAAGGCAGAGAAAAUGGGUCUGACCUCCAUAUCCUUCCCGGCCAUUGGCACUGGGAACCUGGGUUUCCCAAAGGACCUUGUAGCCUCAAUCUUGUUGGACACAAUCGACACAUUUAGCAGGAAGAAACAACCUAAGCACCUGAAGAAGGUCAUGAUCAUCCUUUACCCACUAGAUGCACCGACUAUCAAGGCUUUUAGCGAUGAAUUCCCAAAGAAGUUCCCCAGUGCAACAGGAGUUCCAGUGCCCAGUUCCCCUCAAAGUACAGGUCCCUUCUCUAAAGUUGUCUCGAGCCCAGGAAUGUACGAGACUAAAAUGGGAAGCGUGGUUGUACAGGCUGUCACGGGAGACAUCUCCAAGGAGACCACUGAUGUCAUUGUCAACUCCUCCAACGACGAUUUCUCUCUUAAGUCCGGAGUAUCAAAGGCAAUUUUGGAUGCAGCUGGUCAGGCUGUUGAAGCAGAAUGCCAAACUCUUGGUGCCAAGCCCCACACAGGCAUGAUAAUAACCCAGCCAGGGAAUCUAAAGAGUAAGAAAAUCCUCCACCUGGUUGGAAAGACUGACCCAGUUCAAAUCAACAAGGUUGUGAAAGAUGCGCUCCAAAUGUGUAUGACAGGCUCGUACACUUCUGUCUCAUUACCUGCCAUUGGCACAGGUCAAGGCAACGCAAAGGCAAGGCAGGUGGCGGACGCCAUGUUGGAUGCAGUCAUUGAGGUGUUGAGCCAAAACACUAAUGGCCCCCUGAAGACAGUCCGGAUAGUUAUUUUCCAGCAACCAAUGCUGAAAGAAUUCAGCAACAGUAUGCACCAUAGAGAGGCCACUGCACCGAAAGACAAAAGUUGGAUCUGGAAUCCCUUCGACAAAAUCAAAUCAUUAUUUGUUGGUGGAAGUGAUGAGAACCCACAGAAAGAAGAGGAUUUCGACAUUGAGGAGGUGAAAGUGGACCCAGUUUCCUUCCACAUCUGCGGCGAGUCCCAGGCUAAAGUAAACUCGGCAAAACAGAGGGUCAAAGACCUGAUAUCCAAAGAUCAAGGAAGCAUCUGCAUUAAAGACGACGACAUCCUUCACCUCUCCAAAGCAAACCACCAGCGCAUCGUUGUCAUCCAACAGACAACGGGCGUGUCGAUAAGGAUCAAUAGACAGCAGGCCCAAGCCUCGCUCACCAUCGAGGGGCUGAGUCAGGACGUGCUCAACGCCAGCCAAGAGAUCAAUGAGAUGCUGAAGUCCAUGAGAAACGAGGAGGAGCUGAAGAAGAAAUUGGAACUGGUGGCCAGUGUGGCGGACUGGCAGUACCAGCAGACGGGGCAUCAGUUUCAGAGCUUUGAUUUAAUGGCCAACUUCAAGCUUGAGGAAGCAAUGGAGAAGAAGCAGCCAAAUGUAAAAGUUACAGUGCAGGGUCAAGAAUACACAGUCACCAUGCCAAAAGGACCGGCCACUGAUAAACAGGGACUAACCUUACAGAUAAAACGAAUUGACAAACUCAAAGGAGAAGACGACAUUCCUGCGGUCUGGGAUCCAAUGCCAGCCAACUCCGCGAGUGUGGCCAUCACCUUAAAUGCCGGGAGCCCAGAGCACACUGAAGUCCUUAAUCUGUUCAAGGCCACCUGUCCACGGAACAUUGUUAAGAUUGAGAGGAUCCAGAACCCUGGACUGUGGAAGAGCCUGGAGAUCAAGAAGCGUGACAUGGAGCUGAGAAACAAACAUCAGAACAACGAGAGACGCCUCUUCCACGGCACCUGUGUGGAAACUGCGGCCUACAUCAAUGAACACGGCUUCAACAGGAGCUACGCAGGAAAGAAUGCUACUUGUUAUGGCAAUGGCACAUACUUUGCUGUCAAUGCUAGUUACUCCGCCUCUAACACCUACUCCAGGCCGGAUGCUAAAGGGGAGAAGCGCAUGUACCUGUGUCGAGUGCUGACAGGGGAUUUCACCAUUGGAAACCAAGGCAUGAUAACCACACCAGCCAAAGGCAAUGUGUCCCUUCAGAAGUACGACAGUGUGGUGGACAACACAGGCAAACCCAGCAUGUUUGUCAUCUUCCACGACAGCCAGGCUUACCCUGAAUACAUGAUCACAUUUGUGUGACAGGGCCAUGCACGUACAUGUAUAGGAUUAAUGUCUUACAUUUAACUCUGCCUUACAACUUUUGACUACUGUUUAUUAUCAAUCAUCACCUGAUUUAUGUUUUUUGUUUUCAAAGAUAACACAAUUUACAAGCAACCUGUUUUCAUCUCAAGGGUCAGUUAUGGAGAUAUGCUUAAUCAGACCUAUAUAGUGCCUUACACAUGCCUCAAUCAUACUUCAGAAUAAUUGUGUAAGAAGAAAUCAAGAUAGUAGAAGAAAAUGAAAGGCUAUGUUUUAGCUAGCUGGCUUUUUUUGCCGAUAUAAUAUGCACCUUGAUAUUGGUUCAAUGUUUAUGGUUUAUGGCAGGCUGAUGGAAAGCCCCCUCUCAGUUCCAGUAAAUCAUGGGACAGCAAGAGCUUAUUUUGAGAAUGUGAAUCAGAUUUCACUUUCGGUUUUGAUAGGGAAAGCUUAACUGCUGUCCAAUAAGCCUGUACAAAUAAAAAGUGAAUACACGUUC